CGAUUACGUCAUAUGGUAUGAUGGUUGAGAAGGACGCAUAAAUAAUUUCCGCGAAUCAACGAGAUAUUCUUCAUUCCCAUCCAGCGAAUGCGAUAUGGCUCAACCACCCAGUUAUCCAUAUGGUCAAAAGUAUCCACAGCAAGGCUAUGCGCCACCACCAGCACCUGUUGGGGCAACACAUCACACAACAGUUUAUGUUAAUCAGCAGGCACCUAUAGUAGUGCCUUUCCAACAAAAGAGCACAAGUCAAAGAGCAGCUGGGCUCAUAGGUGGUGUUCUUGGCUCGGCCAUCAGAUCUGGCUCAGAACUUGUUACUGAUAUUGCUAAAGAAACAUCAAGAGAGCUUGAUAGAUAUGCCACUAGUCCACUUCUAGAUUGUUUCAAGCCAGGCUGUGGGAUACAAAUAAAGAGCAAGUGUUCUGGUGGAUGUCUUAGAGUUCUUCCUACUGGUCAUGUUGACUGCUUUGGUUCUCAAGGCAAUGAUUAUUCAGCUCAUUUUACAAUUGUGACACAACAUGAAAAUAAAGUUGUCUUACGGAAUGUUGCAAAUCCUGGCUAUCAUCUGGCCAUAGGCAAUGGAAUGCUUGUUGCAACAGGCGUUGGUGAUGCAGCCAGCCAGUUCAGGAUCCACGAAACACUAAAUCACUACAUCACAUUCCAACACAGUUUGACAGGCCAUUUGAUCGGCGUCGAUUCUUCUGGUCAGAUUGCUCCUCCAGUCUAUCUUAAUCCAAGUAAAGAUGAAUGCAAGUUCGAGAUUCAUCUUAUGUACAGUCCAUUUGGACACAAAUACAUCCCAAAGCACUGAAGGUUGACACUCCGAAGCAGAGAGCUGGAAAUUGCAUUAUAGAUUUCUUGAAAUUAUCCCAACAGGAAAAACUUAAUGAUAAAAUAUCAUUUAUAUUUAUAUCGCACACAAGUUUUGUCAGAUUUAUGUAAUUUAAUGUAUUUGAUUGUUCAUUAUAAAAUUAGUAUGUCGUCUAUCGUAAACUACGACAUUUUGGAUGUUAUGCAAAGCUUGUUCCCAGUUUCCUAAUGAAAACUGUCAGGAGGAGCUUUUGUACAUAAGAAA